GCUGUCCACCCUCACAAAACAUCUUCAUCAUGGCGUAUAAGGCAGCACAUUUGGCCUUCAAGUCGCGCUGGCACAAGACCGACGAAGAACUCUGUCGCCACAGUAUGUCCUUUGUCUUGCACAAGGCCAUCCAAAAUGACUUCUUUAAGUGUUACCUUUAUCUGCUGGAGAAGCUUCCCCUGGUGAAACUUUAUGCUUUGACAAGUCAAGUCAUCAAUGGGGAGAUGCAGUUCUACGCCAGGGCCAAGCACUUCUACCGGGAUGUGCCAGCCACGGAAGAGGGAAUGAUGGGAGACUACAUCGAGCUCUCCAACACAGACGUUGAAUCCUCCAGGGAAUUUCUCAGGAAGUUUGUUGGGGGGGUGGGGAAGGCCGGCACCAACCGCGCCCUGGACUGCGGCUCUGGGAUAGGUCGUAUCAGCAAACACGUCCUGCUGCCGGUUUUCAAGAGCGUGGAGCUGGUGGAUAUGAUGGAGAAUUUCCUGGCUGAGGUCCCCAACUACCUGCAGGGCAAGGAGGACAGAGUAGAGAUGUAUUAUUGCAAAAGCCUCCAGGAAUUCACUCCAGCCCCACAGAGAUACGACGUCAUCUGGAUUCAGUGGGUUUCAGGCUAUCUGACAGAUAAAGAUCUCCUGGAGUUUCUCAUCCGGUGCCAGAAUGGCUUGAAGGCUAAUGGUGUUAUCAUUCUCAAGGACAAUGUAGCCAGGGAGGGCUGUACCCUGGAUUGCCUGGACAGCAGCGUGAUCCGAGACCUGAACAUCCUCCACAGCCUCAUUGAAAUGAGCGGGCUCACCAUCCUGCGGGAGGAGAGGCAGGAGGGAUUCCCUGAGCAGUGUGUCCCUGUCUGGAUGUUGGCCAUGCAGAAAGGCCCUGGCCAUUCCUGAUUGCCUGGUGGAACUGCAGAGACUGGACUAUGGGUGAACCACUGGACUGGGAAGAGGAAAAGCAUCUGUUGGAAUACUCCUAACCAUGCACUGCUGCUACUGCAGCUCUAGGGCAGCAACUCCUGAAGGGUCAGGAGAGAAUUACAAUGGAGUCAGCUUCUCCAGGGAAUUGUCUGCUUCUAAAUCCUGCCCGCUUCGUCAUUCUUUCCAUUUUUAAAAGUCUUUCUAACAGCUCCUUGUUGGAUCUCUCUUUCAUUAAGGAGUCAGUACUGGAUAAAACUUAACUAGUAGAAAAUAAUUAGGGCUGAAUUUUCUGUAGUUGCUAAUACAUUUUGGAGUGUUCUGUAUGAGGUGUUAAAUAAGCCUGGUUUUUACUAUAGCACUUAAAUCUUCUUGGAAUUUAAGAGGGUUGUGUCAGAUCACUGAAGCAGGAAAUUCAAAUAACUUCUUGGAAAACUGAACCCGAAUUUUGACUGUUCUCACUAUCUGUACUUUAAAAUAUUUAAACCAAAAAUCUAAGGGAAGUUUUAUCUUUUUGUUGGCAUCAGCUAUGCAGUUUAUUUAUUUUUUUCAUUUCUGUCAAUUUGGACAAUAAACCAACCUGGUUAAUUUUCCAUUUUCA